AUGGUUCUGCUGAUCUUGCGGCCUUCCUUGCGGGGAUCCACGGUGCGCUCUACGCCCGGCAUCACUUCAGCUGACAAUGGGUCACUCCGCGAAAGGCUCACUUCGAGGAGCUCCAGGAGCUUUCCGCCAUGGCCUUGGCGGCCAUGGCUCGGGUCGAGAUCUGCGUCCGCGAAAUGGGUGAUGCGGAGUUCGCCCGUCGAUGCCAAGCCAUCCAAGGCCAAGCUUGUGCGCGGAUUGGUGGUCACCUUUGUGAGCGUGGGGGUUGUUGUUGCUCUGACGACGAACCUGGAUCUUCCUCCCAGUUUCGGACUGAUUGCAUUCGCCCUGCAGUGGGGCUUCUUCCUGCUACAGGGUUGGCCACAACGUUCUGAGAAGCUGUAUGAUGCCUCAGGCUCAUUGACUCAUCUGUCGAUUAUUCUGGCGGGUCUCCUUCAUGAUCCAGUUCGGAGCCCUCGCCAGAUCCUUUUGAGCAUCUUCGCAGUCGUGUGGUGUACACGACUCGGAACAUUUCUCUUCAACCGCAUUUCCCAAGACUCGAAGGAUUCCAGAUUCACAGAGUUGAAGGAGGAGUUCUGGUCUUUCUCCAUCGCCUGGAACUUGCAGGUGUUAUGGGUUUUCCUGCUUGAACUACCAGUCAUGCUGGUAAACACGUCUCCUCAACCACCCACUGGUCUUUGGGAUGUGCUGGGCUGGUCGUUGUGGUGCGCUGGCUUUUUGCUGGAGGCCGUCGCAGAUGGCCAAAAGUUUGCUUUUCGAGGAGAUCCAUCAAACCGGGGACGCUUCAUUACCACAGGUCUGUGGAGAUACUCGCGACAUCCGAAUUACUUUGGGGAAAUCUUGAUGUGGAUUGGUCUGUGCACAUCCUUCACAUCCUGCGUUUCAUCCAAAGCUCAGCUGCUGGCCUGGAUUUCGCCUGCGUUCAACGCACUUCUCCUCAUUUAUGUCUCGGGCGUGCCACUCCUGGAAAAGGCAGGAGCAAAGAAGUGGGGCCGGGAGCCGGAGUACCGACACUACAUGGAGGCCCUGAAAGCAGAUGACCUUGGUGAAGUAGAUCUUCAUUUGCCUGUUCGUGAGCUUUUGCAUCACAAAGCAUUUACCCUUCGCUGGAUGGUCAAACGCAUUGACGAUGCCGCGUCCGCGAUCGCGCUGUCAUAUGACAAGAUGGGUCCAGCUCUCGAUCUAGGGCUCAACCUUGUCGUUUUCUUCGCUCUACUGGCGAUUGCCGUCUGCAUCUUCAGCGUUUCCGGCAGCGAUGAUGAGAAAGCCUCAAAAACAUCUUCACAUCGCAAGAGGCUGGCAGCUUGCGGUGAGGAGCAGGAGUCUCCGCUCGAGCAGGGGCAGCGCUGUUUCGGCACCGUGCAGCGCUACUCUGAGCGAAACGGCAUUGGCUUUAUCGCAUGUGCUCCCUGCAGGGCUGUUUAUGGACGCGAUGUACAGUUAUUUCAAGAAGACUGGGAGGCUUUGGAGCUCACAGUUGGAUCCGCCGUCAGCUUCCUUCUUUGCGUGGAAGAGCGUUUUCCGUGUCCGAAGGGGAGGCCCUGGGCUGCAGAUGUGCAGCGAGUUAGGGCACAGCUAGGCUCGAAGUCGUACGUUCUGGGGUCGGCGCGGCUGGGACAGCUCAGGGACUCCGCGAGCUUGGCUCGGCAGCUCGUGGAAAACCGCGGGCGCUUGGCAGCCCGGGUUCGCCACCAGCUCCGUGCGCGACUCCAUGCAGACGGCUACCUGUACCUGAGGAGCUUCUUGCCGGAGGGCCCUGUUGGCAAAGCACGCUUGUCGCUGCUUCACCAAUUUCAACGUGCUGGCUUGCUGGCAGACGGCUGUCCACCUGGGCAGGCAGUAUGUGGAGCAAACAUCGAAAACGGCAAGCCCGAAUGUUUCUGCUCGGAAGAGGUGUUGGACGUGGUAAAUGAUGGUGACUUGUUUCAGUUCUUGGACUCUUUGUUUGCGGACGCUGUGGAAGUGGUCUUCGAUUCAGCCAACCUGCGUGCUGUGAAACCGGGGCAGGGUACUGGAUUCCACACUGACUCUGUCUACAUGGGCAAGCUGAUGGUAGCUGGCCGACCCCCAGUCCUGGCGUGCUGGAUUGCGCUGAUGCCAAUUUCCCUCGAGUUGGGGGGCCUCGUCCUGUGCCGGGGUUCCAACUCACAUCCAGGAUUUGAGAUUCUGCGAAGAACUUACGGAGAGCUGGACUUGGACGAGAACGACAUUGGGGGCACUGGUUGGUUUUCCGAGGAUCCCGAAGAAGUCUCAAAGUUAGGCGGUCGCUGGGAAACUGCCGCAUAUGGGGCAGGAGACGUUGUGAUUUUCACAAUGCACACCAUGCAUGGCAGCUCCACGAACCGUACAGAUUCGUGGCGCCUCUCCGUGGACUUUCGUGUGCAACCGUCUCAUGCACCACCGACACUGGUUUCCCAAAACAAGGGCAGGUGGUCUCGGCUCCGUCAUAGCCGAUCGGACUUUCCACGAAGUAUGGACGAGGCCAAGGCUGCAUGGAACCUGCACCAGGCAGCGCGUGGCUCGAAGCGUCCUGCGGCUGAGCCUCCCGCUACACAGCGAAAACGGCUGUGCACACGAUACCUCCAGCUGUUGUCUCUUAUCCGUUUCUGCUAUGACCUUUGA